UAACACUCGCAUAGCGACAAGCAACAAGGACAGUGGUAAAUUAGUUGUAAUUCUGUGGUUAUUACUCCUCUCUUAACACCAACGAUGUCUUCAGGUGGAACAUUUGUGGAAUAUUUGCGACACCUCAGUGUCAAAAUAAUGAGUAUUUUCCACCUUUGUGCUUAUGAAGCCUGCUUUAGCGAUCAAAUGCCACUAAAAUCUGCUUGAGAAAUAAGGUUGACCAGCUAAAACGUCUGGGGUUAGUGACGGUGAGGAUGUCCCAGGUGAAGCAGGUGGGGCUGCUGGCAGCAGGGUGUCAGCCAUGGAAUAAAGAUGUGUGUGCUGCUAGUGGUGACCGCUUUGCCUACUGUGCUACUCUGGCCAUAUACAUAUAUCAGUUGGACCAGCAGUACAAUGAAUUUAAGUUGAGAUCCAUCAUGUCAGAACAUAAGAAGACCAUAACAGCCAUCAGCUGGUGUCCUGACAAUCCUGAUCUGUUUGCAUCAGCAUCUGCUGAUAACCUGCUCAUCAUAUGGAAUGUCACAGAGCAAAAGGUUAUAGCAAGACUGGACAAUACCAAAGGCAUCCCUGCAUCAGUCAGUUGGUGCUGGAACUCAGCUGAUGGAGUGGCCUUUGUGUCCCAUCGUGGGCCUCUGUAUAUCUGGGUCUAUGGAGGCCCUGACCCUGGGGUCACAGUGCAUAAAGAAGCCCACUCCUUCCUCUCUGAUAUUUGUCUCUUCAGAUGGCACCCAACCAAGAAGGGCAAACUGGUGUUUGGGCACACAGAUGGAAGUUUGUCCAUAUUUCAACCAGGUUGCAAGAGUCAGAAGCAUGUCUUGCGUCCAGAGUCUUUAGAAGGGACAGAUGAGGAGGACCCGGUCACAGCUCUGGAAUGGGACCCUUUGUCAACUGACUAUUUGCUGGUGUCCAACCUCCAUAAUGGUAUCAGGCUGGUGGACAGUGAAGCAUUGGCUUGUAUCACCUCCUUCUGCUUCCCUUCAGCUGCUGCUUCAGUUCAGUGUCUUGCCUGGGUUCCCUCUGCACCAGGCAUGUUCAUCACUGGAGACUCCCAGGUUGGAGUACUGAGAAUAUGGAAUGUAUCUCGCUCCACUCCUCUAGACAACUUCAAAUUGAAAAAAACUGGAUUUCAUGCUCUGCAUGUCCUCAACUCCCCUCCUGCCAAGAAAGCUCUUAGUGCCUGUUCUCCCAGUAAGAGUCAGUACACCAGUUCCACCAGUGAGGCAGUCCCCCCGCCAAACCUGUCUCAAAAUCAGUCCUUCUCUCUGCCCCCGGGCCAUGCUGUCUGCUGCUUCAUGGAUGGAGGGGUUGGACUCUAUGACAUGGGCGCCAAGAAAUGGGACUUCCUACGAGACUUGGGUCAUGUAGAGACCAUCUUCGACUGUAAAUUUAAGCCAGAUGAUCCCAACCUACUGGCCACAGCUAGUUUUGACGGGACCAUCAAAGUCUGGGAUACAAACACAUUAACAGCUGUCUACACCUCCCCAGGCAAUGAAGGGGUGGUCUACUCCCUGUCGUGGGCUCCUGGAGACCUUAACUGCAUUGCUGGGGCCACUUCCCGUAACGGAGCCUUCAUCUGGGACGUCAAGAAAGGAAAGAUGAUCACCCGUUUUAAUGAGCAUGGUAAGAAUGGUAUAUUCUGUAUAUCAUGGAGCCAUAAGGACUCAAAACGGAUUGCCACCUGUAGUGGGGAUGGAUUCUGUAUCAUCCGGACCAUUGAUGGUAAAAUCCUCCACAAGUACAAACAUCCUGCUGCUGUAUUUGGCUGUGACUGGAGUCAGAACAACAAGGAUAUGAUAGCUACAGGCUGUGAGGAUAAAAAUGUUCGUGUCUACUACCUGGCCACCAGCUCAGAUCAGCCUCUGAAGGUAUUCACUGGUCACCUGGCCAAAGUAUUCCAUGUCCGCUGGUCUCCACUCAGAGAGGGAAUACUGUGUUCUGGAUCAGAUGAUGGUACUGUUCGUAUAUGGGACUAUACCCAGGAUGCAUGUAUCAAUGUGUUGGGUGGUCAUACAGCUCCAGUCAGAGGUUUGAUGUGGAACACGGAGGUUCCUUACCUCCUAAUCUCAGGUUCUUGGGAUUAUACAAUCAGAGUGUGGGAUACAAGGGAUGGAACAUGUUUAGAUACAGUCUAUGAUCAUGGAGCUGAUGUCUAUGGUUUAACUUGUCAUCCCAGUCGUCCAUUUACUAUGGCCAGCUGUAGCAGAGACAGUACAGUUAGGCUGUGGUCUCUCACACCUCUCAUCUCUCCACUGCUGCUCAACAUACUGUCUGACAUGCCAUGGGACAAGGUCAUAGGAAACAGUGACAGAGCUAUGGUUCCUGGCUCAUCCCCCCUCCUCUGUGGCAAAGUAUCCAGAGACAUCAAACAAGAACUGGACAAACUGAACACAGACGUCAGGGUCAAGAAGCUCCGCUGGUUCUCUGAGUGCUUUUCGCCUCCUGGAGGCAGUAGUAACCUGUGGGACUUGGUGUCAGUUAUCAAUGGACAAGAUGACUCACUACUGCCACCCAGCUACAGCAAGGGAGUCAUGCACAUGAAACACUUGCUGAGAUUUAAAACUUCUGAGGCCCAGGAGCUUACUAUAGUCAAGAUGUCUAAAUUUGGAGGAGGCAUCGGAGCACCCAGUAAAGAGGAGAGGCUCAAAGAAGCAGCAGAUAUCCAUCUGAGACUGGGACAGAUCCAGCGAUACUGUGAAUUAAUGGUGGAGUUAGGACAGUGGGACAAAGCACUCUCAGUAGCCCCUGGAGUUUCCAUGAAGUAUUGGAAGAAACUCAUGCAGAGGAGAGCUGACCAACUGAUGGUUGAGGAUAAUGACGAUGCCAUACCCUACUGCAUUGCCACAGGAGACAUAAAAAAGCUAGUGAAUUUCUUCACUGGCAGAGGACAACUGAAAGAGGCCCUGCUGGUAGCACAGGGAGCCUGUGAAGGAAACAUCCAUGCACCUCAGAGCUCCACUGCCAAUCACACAACCAAUGAUGUGGAUAACAGACAACAAUACCAGGGUCUCCUCCACAGGGUGUGUAAGGAACUGGCUGAGUGGUACUUCCAAGAUGGCUGCUCUGUCCUUGCAGCAUGCUGCCACCUAGCUGUAGACAACAUCGAGUUAGCCAUGUCUAGCCUGAUCCGUGGUAAUGAGUUGGAGCUGGCUGCAUGUGUAGGCAUUGCUCUAGGAGAGCCAGCCAAUCAGAGCACAGCUUACUGCCUUGAGCUCUUGGCCAGGAAGUACAUGAGGACACCUACCUGGGAGCUGUCAGCUGACUUGCUUCACAUGAUUCCUGACAAUGAGCUCCUAUUGGCCAAGCUUUGUGCAUUUUACCCUGGAAGUACUGCUGAAAUCAACCAGCUGCAUGGAAGGUGUGGUCUGCCUCCGUUAGAUGAAUGUAAGUCCUUGGGAGAGGCAGCCAUGUCUGAAGGAGAUUUGUUUUCUGCUGUUAAAUUCCACCUACUGAGCUCUGAACCAGAGAAUGCCCUGCACAUAGGCAUAGAUCAUGUCAAAGACCAGCUGAGAGGAGCUGAUUGGACGGUGGAUCAUGUCCAGCCAAUCCUAGACCUGCUGAGUUACAUCAGAACUGAUCACCUCAUCAUGGCUAAGUUGACUGAAGCCCGCAGUGAGCUGCUGAUCCUGUGUGGCUAUAUUGGAGCACUACUGGCCAUCCGAAGACAGUACUCCAGCAUUGUACCUGCACUCUAUGAAUACACCAGUCAGUUGUUGAAGCGCAGGGAGGUGUGUGUUCCUCUGAAGAUUGAGCAGCUGUCCAUGGAACUGGAUGCCUGGCGGGCCUGCACACACAUGAACAACAGGUGUAUAUAUGAUGUCCCCAACAGUUCUGCAUCAGAGGGUCUCAGAGAAGAGUUCAGUGCACUAGAAAAGCGAAUCCAGCCAACAGACUCUGCAGCAUUAGUCCUGUAUGGUAUGGACUAUGUGACAGGCUCCAAUCUACCCAGCCACUCAGAUGUCCAACUCUCCUGUUUCACUGGGCAUAGAAUACAAGGUCCAGUGUUUUUGCUGGAGGAUGGUAAAUCAGCCAUCUCCCUCAAUGAUGCUCUAAUGUGGGCAAAAGUCAACCCAUUCUCCCCACUGGGAACGGGACUCCGCAUCAACCCCUUCUAACACACACGAGGCCUCUCCACAGGGUGGACACACAAGAAUGAGUCAAACAGAAGAUGGAGAGGAGGAGCAAAAGCCAAAGAGUGAAGACAUGGGAGAAAAUGGGGAAAUGGGCUGUGGUUCACAUCACUGGCCAAGUAUGUUUUAUUUAUCUGACAAAAGUGGCUACAUUAUCAAAUAAACAACAUCAUGCAAUUCAGUGAAAAGGAAGGAUACACAAGCUUUUGGUAGAAUGUCCAAGUGGUAAUCUUAGCCAAUAAGAACACAGACACCAAUAUCAAUCAUGAGCCCCCAGUGGACUGCUGGCCCCAGCGUUCCAUGCCAACUGUUUAGUAUGUACUAUGAUUACUGAUAUAGUAUUAUCUCAAAAGUGAGAACAUGACAAGGAAUCUUAAGGCUGCACUGUUAUUUCAGAACCUAUUAACAAUCCCAUGAUUAAUGUGUGCUUUGUGGAGAUGUAAUAAUAUAAACCAAAACCAACCUUUGCAAACCAGCCAUGUUGCUGUUGUCAGCCAUUUUUGAUGCCAAAAUUUACACAGACCUGAAGCUCCUCUCAGUCCUUCCUUACUCUUUAAAAGGACACACCCUUUUUGCAAAAUGUGAUAUACUAUUAUUUCAGCUGUUCUGUAGGACAGUAGUGGUGCUCUCUUCCUCUCAUUGUUACUGAGUGCUGGAUACUGGCUGGAUGCUCCACAUGCUAACUGUUAGCCUC